AUGAUGAGAAAGGAUCCGCUGGCUUUUCACCUAAAGUCAGGAGAGAUCUCCCCUGACAGUUUUAACGAUUUCGCAGUUCUUGAUGGUUACCUUAAGCUAACAGACAGAAUAACAACAGGAUAAACUUUGAGAGUAUUAUCAGAGAGUGAGCCACAGCGGCAGCGAGGGGAACCCAUCGGCGACUGCUGAACCCAGUAGCUGCGAUCCAGGAUCGCAGAUAUUUAAGCUUGCUCCGUUACAAGAAACUAUACACGUCUCAUAACAGAUUUUUAUGGAGGCUGUUUUGAACUGCAAACCAGAGGAUUUGGAGGAUUAUUACGGGUUAUUAGGAUGUGACGAACUAUCGUCGACUGACCAGAUUCUAAAUGAAUACAAGAUCCGAGCCCUGGCAUGUCACCCCGACAAACACCUGGACAACCCAACAGCAGUGGCAGAUUUCCAAAAGCUGCAGGAAGCCAAAGAAGUUUUGUGCAGUGAAACCAAAAGAAAAAACUAUGAUCUUUGGAAAAGAAGUGGAGUUACUAUUCCAUUUCAUGACUGGCAAGCCUUGAAUGACUCUGUAAAAACAUCAAUGCACUGGGCUGUGAGAAAUAAGAAGGAACCGAUGUUGGAGGCCUCAAAAACAGAAAUUCCAGUCACUUCCCAAGCAGAGGGCCGUCAUGAUGAGCAAGAAGCUCCAAUGGUCCCUUCAAAUGAUGACAGGCCAUCCUCGGGUGAUUACUGCCAUCGCCGUUUCCGUUGGGCUGCUGACUCACCAUCCAGCCUACUGCAGAGGUUUAGGAAUUAUGAAAUAUAAACAUAUUAACAGUUUAAUUUUACUUAAAUGUUCGUGUUCAGUGUCUUGCUGCUGUCCUUGUUAACUGUGGCGUCAGUUUUUGUGAAAGUGAUCUGGUUGCACCUCCUCUAAGCUUCUUGCGUAAACUGGAAAUUGUGAACUCUAAAUGUGUUUGUAGCAAGUGUGAAAUAUUUGUCCAACAGACAUUAGACCGUUUCUUAUCAGAUUAUGUGAAGGAGAUAUUUCGUCAUUAGUCUUGCUUUUUUUCAAUUAUGUUCACUAGCACAACAUGGAGAUAUGGGCCUUCCUAAUGCUGAAUUGUGUCACUUUGUGUUACUGUCAAGUUCAUAAUAUUAAAAAAAAACCUGAAACACA